AUGGUUGCGCCGCCUUCCCGCUGGGGGGAUUCCUCUGUCCGUAGCAGCGGCGCGGCCGGGCCGGGCCGGGCCGAGAGAGCCCCAGAGACACAGCAGCAGCCGCACCGCGCCCGCUCCGGCCUCCUCCGCGCUGCCAGGCUCGCUCCUGCGGGCUGCCGCAAGAGCCGCCUCGCGCGGCGGGGACUAGCUGCAGCUUCCGCGCGAGGACGGACCGCGGGGGCUUCCCUUGCUGCUCUCCCUCUGCUGCCUGCCUGGCAAAUCUCAGCGCCGCUGCCUAGCGCGGCUCCUUCCUCCUCCCCAGCUGCUGCUGCGCUGGGAGGGGGCGGGAAUCGCCCGGGCAGCGCUCGUGUCCCUGGCUUCCCCCUCCCGGCUGGGCUGGAACGUGGAGCCCGGCAAAGUUCCACCCCGGCAACGCUGGGACUUGAGAGGGGCGGGAGGGCUGGAAUCCUGCUCCCAGCAGAGUUCGACCGAGCGAACGCAGAGAUUAGAAGGGGAGGGGGAGCCUCAGCGACUACUGGGCACGGACAGGAGGAGGGGUCCCUCCCUCUUAGCUCGGGGGGAGGGAUCUGCCCUGGUAUUCAAGUGUCCUGCCUCUCCAGCCCCGUCUUCUACCGUCACCAUCGGCCUUUGCUGCUAGCUGAAAUCCUCCUCACCUGCUUUGCACAAAUAGCCCUUUCAUCCACCUCAGUGGGACUACAUGAGAGAAUAAAGUCAUUACUGAACAAAUGUGCUGUGACAGAUGCUGCUUGGGGAGAAAGACCUGCUUUGAUGUGCACCAUGGAGGAUUGUGUUCCUAUGCUAGGAGAUUCUCCUUCUCAGAUAAAGCAAUGGAGAAGGAACAGUAAGUUUGCUAGCCAGUCUUGUAGAAACUCCCUCCAGACUAUACAGUCAUUAACAUAUGCAGAAAUAAAUCAGCAGGAUGUUCCCGCUCCCCGCCCCCCAAGACAAUAGCUUUGCACCUGUUGAAGACUUAUGAAAUUGGGCAGAUUUUUCUUUUUCUCUCACUGUAAGCAUUUUAUAAAGCAGGCACAGUGGAAAAUCAAUGAUCCAAACCAAACUGAAAUGUGUGCUGUAGUGCUUGACUUGGUCAUGUAACUGCUUGAAAUUAA